CGUUCGGUGGGCUAUUGCUUUGAAUGCAGUUUGCCAUUGCCAGUUGUGCGUGUCGAAUAACUGUGACGUUUGCUCGGUAUUUAUGUUAUUGUAUUUAGUGUAGUUUAGUGUAUUUAGUGUGUAAUAUACUUUAUCAAAAUGGAAAACAAAUCUGCGCAAUAUAAGUACUGUAUAGUGCCGGGAUGCAAAAGCACAACUGUCAGAACAUCCAACAAACAUUUUUUUACUCUACCAAAAGAACCAAAACGUCGAUUAAAAUGGCUAAAGGCAUGCAGGCGAGAUAAAAAGGAUAUUUCACAAAAAAGCAUAGGUCUUUAUGUCUGUGAGGAUCAUUUUGAUGAAGAUGACAUUGUUUACUUUGAAAACUCUGAUCAAUCUUCAAGUUCCAAGAGAAAAAGAAGUGACUCCAACAAAAAUGAAUCGGUAAAUUAUGAUUAUGAAUCCUUAAAAGCGGAAUUUAAAAAUGAAGUUCAAGAUGCAAUUAGAUCCAACGAAACUUUAAACUACACGACUGUUAGGGAAGAUGAAGGAAUUAAAGAUAGUUUUAAAAGUUUGAUAGGGCAAAAAAUGACAAGAAAUUGCACCGAAGAAGAAAGAAAAGGAAUAGGUCUUAUUGCUGUGAAAUGCAUAUGGGAUGAUAUAAAUAAACCGAAAUUAGGAACUCCGUGGCUUGACCUAAUUUUAAGAAUCAUUUUAAUUUGGAUAGGUGUCUACAUAAUUAUCGCUGUCCCUUGUUGGUGCCAAUACGGUUGGUGCUGUUGUUGUUGCAGAUGUAAAUUUUGUAAACCACAAGAACAAAUCGAAGACGCUAAGCAGUUUUUUGCCCAAAAUCCCCCAGGAACCUUCCAUGAUAAAGACGGCAAUGUUGUUUACUAUACACCGACGCUCUACGAGAAAUAUGCUCAAAAGGAGCUAGAAGACCAGUUGAAAAAUAUGUAAAAUAAUAUAUAAUAUACGACUGUUGUUGAAAAUAAUUGAUAAUAAAAAUUAAUUAAUUAGUACAAAAGACAGUGUU